AGUGGACUUGUCCCUCUGUUCCCGCACCACAAAUGGCUCCACAGACGUCAAUUGUUUCCCGUUACCUCAACCUCAUGGCCACAACUCCUACUUCCAUGCACUGUUAAAGAAAAAAACGGGUAUUUCUUUACUCUGUUUGAUCUGCUGAAGCCGAUUCUGGGACAAUGUAAUCGCAGCAAUUCAGAGAGGCAAUGUCAUCUCAGAGAGAGAGAGAGAGCGAGCGAGAGCGAGAAGAGGUACAUUAAAUAAGUGUUCUGCUGUUGCAUCUUGAAACUACUCUGCGGCAUAAGUGAAAUCACUAAGGGAGCUGAAUACGAUGAAUAACUGGACAAUACGUUAUACAAGUGCAUGGUGUUAUCGCCAAUGUGAAAACACAAGCAAGCAGUGUCAGCUACGUCAUGACGGAAGAGCAUAUCACACCACUCAAGCCUCCAUUUGAUCUAAUUAAGAGUGGAAGAUGGAAAUUGACACGAUGAGCGACAGUGAUUGAGGAUAACAAUGAUGGAAGACAGAGUGAUCCAGCCCAAGCCAGAGCAUUCCUCCUCAACCCUUCCUUCGCUUCACCGUCCGGCCAUCUGAAGGAUACAUUGACCUUCACACAUCCAGCUUGCCUGACAAACUAGAGCAGGGUACAUUGAAAGGUUGCUUCUCUCCUCUCUGCCAAGGACGAAACGACUACAACAGGGCCAAAGCUUUGGGGACCAGGUGACAGCAGAAAUCUGCUCUGUCUGGCCACGGUAACAAAUGAGCCUUUAUUUGUGAAGUUAACAGUGCUAACAUCAGACUCCAUAAGGACCAAUUACUAUCUGAAGGGAAUAGUGGGCCAAGAUGAAGGAGACUGUGUUUGUGGCUUGUUUGUUAGCGGAGCUAGCUCUGACUGCCUUUGUUCUGGCCUCAGAGGGGGGCACUGCUCAUUGCCCUGCAUUGUGCCGGUGUGAGAUACGACCCUGGUUCUCUCCCAGCUCUAUUUAUACAGAGGCUCCCACGGUGGACUGUAAUGAUUUAGGCCUAUUGACCAUGCCAGAGAAACUGCCCUCAGACACACAGGUGCUAUUGUUACAGACCAACAAUAUCAUCAGCAUCGAGAAAUCUUUGGAUUACCUGGCUAAUGUCACAGAUAUAGACUUAUCCCAGAAUAACAUAUCCUCUGUGAGCGAUGUCCGUCUGGGUCCUCUUCCCCAUCUGCUGUCACUGCACAUGGAAGAGAACUGGGUUCCGGCCUUAUCAGAUAGCUGUCUCCCGUCCCUGCCCAACCUCCAGGAGUUCUACAUCAACCACAACCUGAUCUCCUCCAUCAGUCCUGGGGCCUUCCAGGGGCUGGGGAGGCUCCUGCGGCUCCAUCUCAACUCCAACCGUCUAAGGGGUAUCAGCAGGGAGUGGUUCCAGCCGCUACCCCGCCUGGAGAUCCUGAUGAUUGGGGAGAACCCCAUCGUCCAAUUGUCAGACAUGAACUUUAAGCCCCUGGUCAACCUACGCAGCUUGGUUCUGGCCAGGAUGAAUAUGUCCGAAAUCCCAGAUGACACUCUGGUCGGCCUCGACAAUCUGGAGAGCAUCUCGUUUUUCGACAACCUGUUUGUCAGAGUUCCCCGGGCUGCUCUGAAGAAAGCCAAGAGCCUGAAGUUUCUGGAUCUCAACAAAAACCCCAUUGAGCGGAUUCAGAGAGGGGAUUUUGUGGACAUGUUCCAUCUCAAAGAGCUGGGCAUCAACAGCAUGCCUGCACUGGUGUCCAUUGACAGUUUCGCCCUGAACAACCUCCCAGAGCUGACCAAGAUAGAGGCCACCAACAACCCAAAGCUGUCCUACAUCCAUCCCAAUGCCUUUCACAAGCUGCCGAGACUUGAGACGCUGAUGCUGAACAGCAACGCCCUCAGCGCUCUGCACCGCGGCACUGUGGACUCCCUGCCCAACCUGCGCGAGGUCAGCAUGCACAGCAACCCCAUCCGCUGUGACUGCGUCAUCCGCUGGAUCAACAUGAAUCGGACCGGAGUACGCUUCAUGGAGCCCAAUUCCCUGCUCUGUGUGGAGCCGCCUGAGUACCAGGGCCAGCACGUCCGUCAGGUUCACUUCCGGGAGAUGACCGAGAUCUGCCUCCCACUCAUCUCGCCUGGGAGCCUUCCAGAUCGAGUCACGGUCGGGAGAGGGAGCUUGGUGACGCUGCACUGCCGGGCAUUUGGAGAGCCGGAGCCAGAGAUCUACUGGGUCACCCCCUCUGGGGACAGAGUCCUGCCCAACAGUGUGUCUGAUAAGCACUACAUGCAUCCAGAGGGGACCUUUGAAAUCUAUGACAUUACAAAGCGUGAGGCAGGACUGUACACCUGUGUCGCUCACAAUCUUGUUGGCGCAGACCUUAAGUCUGUGUUGGUGGUGGUUGACAGAUACUUUCCACAUCCUUCUGUUAACGCUUUACAUAUAUACGUUAGAUCAGUGCAGCCCAACUCUGUUUCAGUGUCUUGGGAUAAUACUCACGGUGGUCUUGUAUCCAAUAUAAAGUGGUUCACAGUGGCAAAUGCUAAGCACCCCUCCAUGGCACACACUGCGAGAGUACCAUCCGAUGUGAAGGAGUACCGUCUCACCCACCUGAACCCCUUCACCCAGUACCGUGUUUGUGUGGAAGUCAUGAGCAUGCAACUCGGACACAACAGGGACUGUGUCAAUGUCACCACAAAGGGACUGGCUCACCCCGUGGAGAGCAGGGAAACGUGGAACACAGUGGUGAUGGCUGCCUGUGCUGUGCUAUUCAUUGUGGUCGCUGUGGCUUGCUCUCUCAUAUACACAUCUCUGCAAAGCCAACACUUUUACAGGAAGUUGAUGGUGGACCAAUCUCAGUCAUUGCUCAGUCCUAGCACCCGCCCCGGCUCCGCCUCUUCUCUCACAGAACUCUGUGUGGCUGGAGUCAAGGUGAGGGCGACAGUGAUAGACUUGCCAGAAAACUCCAUGUAAUGUAAGAAACGUCCUUGAGAAGGAAAAUUAAUGUUCUGGAUUUUAAACAAGGUGAAAUAGUGAUGGACACAGAACUAUGUUGAUUCGUGCCCCCUCAUUUCGUGACAAUGACAGGACACCGCGUUCUGAAACUCCUGGAACACGAUGGAAUCAGAAGCCGGAGCCCUCACGCUUAAAUAUUUAACCAGCUAAACUCUGACCCAUAGACUAUUUUAUACAACAAAUUUGUGUCGUUGCGGAAAAAACUUUCACAGACCGGUAUCUAGAUUGUGAUAUACGUGGCUACUGGUCUGUCAUUCAUGAAGUGCAACUGGAAUAAAGCAGAGCACAAAGAC